AUGCUGGCCACUCUGUGGUUGGCUAGUCUUUCUCUUCCCGUGCUGUGGGCCCAGAAACUAAUCAACUGUCCACAUAAGAAUGUGUGCCAGUACGCCUUACUCUCGGGCAAUGAUGUGAUCCUGCAGUGUAACCAUCCCAAAGCACUAUGGUAUUUUUCUUCAACUCUGGAGGACAAGCUGUCCCUGCUCAACUCCAUGCCCAACAUGAAGAUACUGUUUGGGAGCAACCUGCAGUUACCCAACCCUCAGCCGUCCCAGACGGGGCUUUACCGCUGUCUGGAUAAUUAUAAGACCCGUGUGGUCGAAUAUGAGAUUGACUUUCAGGAUAUAACCCUGCUACGUAUCACACACAAAGACCUGGGCCAAAGGCCCCUGGAAAAUGAGACCAUGAACCUAGGAGGCGAGGUACUCGUUUUUACCCGCUGGGAUCCUUGGCAAGACUGUAACCGUUGCGAAAAGCCGGGUGAGCGCAAACGUCUGGGUUACUGCUACAUGGAGGAGCCGCUAGGAAAAUCCAUGCCCUGCUGGCUCUACCUGAGAAAGGAGAAGGUGACCCACGUCCGCCUGCGGCCUGAACUCCAGCUACAAGCCUGCCAGGUGCCCUGUGACACCAUCACAGAAACCAUCCAGCCAUACUUCGUCUUUGACACUCAUCAACUGGACAAAACCGCCAACCACGCGUGGCUCAGCUGUCCCUUGGCUUCCAUCUACAGGUAA